AACUAAUGAGAGCAGAAACAAAUUAAACCAUAAAAUAUAUAGACUUGAGGAAAUAGUUCUCUCAUUAUUAAUCUUCGACCUUUGAAACCCUCUUCCAAGAAUUUGCCCUAAUUGAAAAAAUGUUCCGUCAAUUGAGUACCCAAAUCCUCCGAUCUACCAAAUCUCGGGCAUUAUCAACAGCAGCUGAAGUUCCUGCAACACAAUCUGGGGUUUCAAAAUUUGAAGAAAUAUGGAAGAAAAUGGUACCAAACAUGGAUCCUCCAAAAACCCCUUCUUCCUACAUGAAACCUCGUCCUCCUACUCCUUCUACUAUCCCUUCUAAACUUAAUCUUAAUCUCGCCCUUCCUUAUUCUUCUGUGCUUUCAUCCAAAGAGGUUGAUAUGAUCAUAGUUCCUGCUACCACUGGUCAGAUGGGUGUGCUUCCGGGUCAUGUUCCCACAAUUGCAGAGUUGAAACCCGGGAUCAUGUCUAUCCAUGACGGGAAUAACGUGACUAAAUACUUUAUAAGCAGUGGAUUCGCAAUGAUCCAUGCAAACUCUCAUGCUGAUAUUGUCGCUAUUGAGGCUGUACCUAUUGAUCAAAUUGACCUUGCCGCUGUUCAGAAGGGCCUUGCUGAAGCCAACCAAAAGCUCAGUUCUGCAACGACUGAUUUGGAGAAAGCUGAAGCCCAAAUCGUAGUUGAUGUUCACAGCGCUCUAAAUUCCGCCCUCACUGGCUGAUACACAGACGGAUUAUGAUUUUUCCUCCUUUUUGUUUAAUUCUUUCCAAGUGAUGUUGAAUUUGUAGGACUUUUUACAGUGCAGAUCUAUGUUGAUCAUGAAAAGCUAAAAUAAAUUUAUGUGAAACAAGACUCAUGCUUACCUUUUUGCUGGAAACUCACUUGACAUUAUUCUCAGA